UAUCUGUACAAAGACCGGAUAUGACGUAAUACUCCGACUUCUCGGAAGCAGAUACGCCUCGAAGCCUAAUUGAAGCGAGUUUUUUAUUACCUGAAAAGCUUUCAACUUGAACCUGGUCUGUGCUGACAAGAUGGCUUAUCCAGGAUACGGCGGGUACGGUGGCCCCAUGCCAGGGAUGCCAGCCCAAGGAAUGCCCGGAGGACCCAUGGGGGGGCCCAUGGGAGGCCCUAUGGGAGGCCCCAUGCCUGGGCAGAUGGGUGGACCCAUGGGAGGCCAGGCGCCCCCUGGAGGAUAUGGGGGGUAUGGAGGAGGCUUCCAGGGUGGAUUCGGCGCCCCAGCUGCCAAUGAUCCAAUGUGGGGUUACUUCACCGCUAUAGCUGGACAGGAUGGAGAAGUGGACGCAGAGGAGCUCCAGAGGUGUCUGACUCAGGCUGGAUUCACAGGCAGCUACAACCCAUUUAGCUUGGAGACCUGCAGGAUCAUGAUUGCCAUGCUAGACCGGGACUUCACAGGGAAGAUGGGUUUCAACGAGUUCAAGGAGCUGUUCACGGCUCUCAACGGCUGGAAGCAGAACUUUAUGAUGUUUGACCAGGACCGCAGCGGAACAGUAGAACCUCAUGAGAUGUCCCAGGCCAUCAAUGCUAUGGGUUACCGCAUCAGUCCUCAGGCUCUGAACGUCAUCAUAAAACGCUACAACAAAGGAGGCAGAAUCUACUUUGACGACUACGUGGCGUGCUGCGUUAAACUGCGAGCGCUAACAGACAAUUUCAGGCGGAGGGAUACCAUGCAGCAGGGCGCUGUCUCCUUCCGAUACGAUGAUUUCAUCGUUUGCACGAUGUCGGUCUAAGCAGCGCCCCCUGCCCCACACCAAGAGGUCAGAGCGUUCAGGUCAGUGCCUCACAGGAAUGCUACCGGAGGCCAGUAUACGAGACGGCAGGAAACGACUCCAUGUUUGUAACGCUUCAGUGUGUUCCGUACUUCUAAAGCAAAUGCAGCAUUAUUCACAGCUUAACCUUUAAAUUAGAACCUAAAUAUCUGUAUUUAAUAAUCUACCUGUAGUUUUCUUAUUGUGGGAUAUAUAUAUAUAUAUAUAUACAAUGAAUUUAUACAUAAAUAAUCGUAUACCUGUUGUGCCAUUAUCUUAAUAUGCUCGUAUUCAGAUUUUUCUUUUUAUAUAAAGUUUACAUGUACAAUAAUGCUUGUAGAGGAAACCCUGAACUAGUGAUUUAAAUUAGAUUUUUAACAAAUUAAUGUUAGAUUUACCUGUCGGUGCCUAAAAUACUGUGCUCCCAAAACAGCCAAGCACUCACAGCUCUGUAAGAAACUCCUCAUUUUUUGUUACAA